UUCAUCGUAUCGGGCGCCCGUGACUACGCGCGAGCUGCUUUCAAAGCCGCCAUGGCUUCUGCGCAAAUUAAUAUUCAACCGCUGUACAAAACCAUGUUUUCGGAGUUGAAGACAGUGCCCAGUGCUCAAGUCGUAUACCACCCGAACUGCCGGCUUCCUGGCCACCUAGAUCGCUCGUACGCGGCGUACGUAGCCCGCGUGGAGGUCGACCGCAGCGCGCCCGCUCCGCAGCUCACCGGCAAGGACAGAUACCGCUUCGCCGCCAAGCCAAAGAAGUUGAUAAACAUGGCGAGCGUGACGCCUCAGUUCCAGCCUCCAACGCCAGUUAUGGCCCAUGGCGAUGGGAGACCUAAGAACAAAGGCACUCAGAGCAAAUACAGGGAGACAUCAGCACAAACAGUUCCGUGGCAGCCGGACGGGAAGCAAGCCGAAGAUUGCGAGGACACGCCUGAAGUGUUGUAUCUGGACAAACUGGAGUGGGGUCCUGGGAAGCCGUUUCGACUUGGUGACUUGCCGGCUGAUUUCCACACUACAGAGAUCAUAAACAAAAUGCGCCACGCUCGAACCUGGACUUCAGUGGUGGAGAGCGCUCAGUUCCCGCGCUGGAUGAAGCGGCGCGACGACAUCAUCAGCGAUGUGGAGACCAGGGACUGGAUCUUCAGGGAGGCUGAGAUCGACGAGCUGCAGGACAUUCGCCUGGAACUGCUGCAUCAGCUGCAGAAGCAGCAGCGCAGCAAGCAGACCUCCAGGACUAAGAGGAAGCUGCAGAACCUCUGGCUGAAGAAGAAACAGGAGAUGGAGCGGCGCGUGGACCUCAUACGGAAGACUAGAGAUCGAGAGAUCCGUAAACUUACGAUGGAGCACGCUUACGGGCGCGAGGGUCUCGUGGGGCGCCUGCGGGGGGCACGGGGAGGGGGCUCCGUGACGUAUACGGCCGCGGACCCGACGUCAGACCUACACGCUCCCAUGGCGAGGCACGGGUACCAGGCGCGCAGGAAGCAUGCGGUGAUAUACUACGAUCCUUCGCUGUUAGCGUACGAAGACCACGAGAAGCUAGCCAAGCCCCCAGCCUGGCUCAAUCAGUGCGGUCAGAAUCUGAAGAAAUCCUGCUCCGGACAUCAUCUACCUAGGGAUCCGAUGCAGCUCUGCGAACGGGAAACUAAAUGGAGUGAAGAGUUUCUGGAGCAGCUGCAUAAUGAUCUGAAAAAGGCCCGUCUCGGCGCCGGCGCGAAGCAAGUGGCCGGUCCGCUGCGCGUGCUGAAACCGCGCCACGUGGACCACACCCCCCGCCCCGCCACCCCCGAGGUCGACGCGGUGCAAGAUAGUGACGAGACUUGCCACCAGGCGGCGCUGACGCUGCAACGGAUCAUUAGAGGACGCGCUGUACAAUGCCUGAUGUACGAAGGCCGUACUCGCGCAGCCGAACUGACUGAAGAGUUGAAGACCACACACGGUCUACAGAAGGAAGAUAAGAUACAUAUCGCUAAGGAGGAAGCUAGAGCUCGUGACCAUCACGUUGUACAGACCCAAGCGGAUCGAGAGGAAACCGCAAUAGCGACACUAGUGGACGAGUUAUGCGGUAGCACGGUGUCGGCCGCUCUCGACUUUUUGGAGAAGGAACUGCGAAGACUUAAGGAGGAAAGGAGACAGCACGCCUUCUUACUAAUUGCAGUUCGUGAGAAAACGAUGCGAGAAGCGGCGGAGGCCGGCAGGAGACAGAAGGAGGAACACCGUCGCCGUGAGCACGACCAGAUGUUCAGACAGAUCAUAGGCGUCACCCAGGAAACAGUAGACGCUUACUUGCACGACGUGAUCGCGGAGGGAAUAGAACUGGGUAUUGAAGAGGAGGCGGUGCGUCGCGCCGAGCGCAGGGCCGAUGAGAUCGACCAGGAGAUGAAGGAGAAUCAGGCUAUGUCAACAGCAGAACAGAAUGAGUUGGUGGCCGAGUUGGUCCAACAGUUCCUACUUCCCGAGGCCCACAAGUGCGCUUCCAGACACCGUGUGUCUGCGUUACAGAGCGCUAGGACGGAAGCCGCUAGGAAGACCAUAUUCGGACUGAUAGAUGAUGCUGAGAUCAAAGAAGCUCAAUGCAUCCGCUGCGGCCAGCCUUUGGACGAGAACUGCCGUUGCCGCUCCUGCAAGAUCGCUAUGGAACCGAUUGAAACCAAGCAUAGGAAAGAUCCUCGCUGGAAGUACGCUAUAGGUACUCCCAUCAAGUAUGAGAGGAGCACAGAGGAGCGUUUCCCGCCAGCGCACGAGACGAGGCGACUGCUCAACGCGAUUGUGGAUGACGCGGUGUUGGAGUCUCGUCAGCGCUUCAGCGACCGCCAGUACAUUCGACGCGAGUACGCCGGGGCUUUGAGGGAGAAACUCGAAGGAGAACUGGAGGCUAGAGAUCUGCUUGAUCACGUGCUCAACCUAGCCACCGGCGUUACCAUGGCGCCCGCUAAAAAGCGGGGCGACUGGGCUUACGUGAUGAGACGCAUACACGAAGACGCCUUGGAGCGUACUGAACUUCCUACUAUACCCACAGAGAGUUUGGAGCUGCCCUCCGAGAUCCGCGCUCGAGAGCUGGCCGAGUUGCUGCGGCGCGACCCACACUGCUACUGCCACGAUGACAAGGGCAAGGUCAAGUUCACCUUCAGUGACAUAUCGGAGAAAGAGAAACAGAAGAUGUUGCCGUCAGAGCUUAGAGAGCUGGAAGACCUGCUGCGCUGCAAAUGUGACAUACCGACACCUACGCCCAGCACCCAGCACGCUCAACCUGUUUCAGAUGGCGUGACGGAAGAGGGCGAAGAGACUUCCGAAGACAGUUCUGAGGUCAACGACACAAAGCUAGACUGAAAGACGCCAUGUUUAACCCUUUGGCCGCCAAUGACGUCUAAAGACGCGCGCCUAAAACCCAAUAUCAACCUUAGUCCGUCCGAUACAGAAUAGAACAGUACGUACAGGAAGAACACUUUUUAAAAAUAACCUAACCACAAAAUUAAAUCUUGAAAUAACCCCCGACCGCGACAUAGUGGACCGAUUUUCAUGAAACAUGGCUAAAACA